AUAUCUAUUCCCUAAUAUCGUUCCCCGCUUCUCCUGCUCCACUGGCGGCCAUUGAUCCUCCGCAUCCUGCGAGUCCUGUGCCCUCGUCGCAGUUCCUUAUCACGGUGGCAGGAUCAACAUGGCUGUCCGCCGUUCCAAUAUGUCGUCGGACAUCUGAGCGUUAUCUGAGCCGCGACAAUUGUGAAUUGUGGCGAUUUGCGAUAACGGCAUCAGUCAAUCAAUCAAAGUGUUUGCGCAAGUCUAUGGUGGUGUGAUUGUUGUGUUCGCGGGGCGAGGGAGGGACUUAUGAGAUUCGAUACGGGGAUUACUUUUGUGGGCAAGCAUGGAUGACAGCAUGGAUGACGAUGUGUUCGAGGCAACCGAAGACACCCGGUUGCGGGUGACAGCAGACCACCCCCACAGCAACACGCCGUCGCCGACAGGGUACCGCAACUAUCAACCGCCCGCUGAGGUCCUAAAGUUAUGCCAGACUGACGUCAUCGAGGCUGUGGAGCCGAAAAUACACAAGACAAUCUUAUUGGGAGACAGCGGAGUCGGAAAAACCUCGUUGCUAGUUAAAUUCGACACCGGGAAAUUUCAGUCGGGAAACUUUUCAGCCACAGUCGGGAUUGGUUUUUCGACAAAGGUUGUUUCAGUGGAUCAAACUAAAGUGAAAUUACAAAUAUGGGAUACUGCCGGACAAGAGAGAUUUAGAAGCGUUACUCAUGCUUAUUAUCGAGAUGCUCAUGCUCUCCUUCUACUCUAUGACGUCACGAACAAGAUAAGUUUCGACAAUAUCCGUGCUUGGCUGGGAGAAAUACGAGAAUACGCACAGGACGACGUGGUCAUAAUGUUGCUAGGUAAUAAGGCGGAUUGCGGCACUGACAGGGCUGUCAGAAGAGAGGAAGGGGAACGACUGGCUAGAGAGUACAAUGUAGCUUUCAUGGAAACGUCGGCAAAAAGCGGUCAAAACGUGGAUUUGGCAUUCGUAGCUGUGGCAAGGGAACUGAAGUAUCGCCAAAAUGGUCAAAAGGACUCAAAUACAUUUAGUGUUCAGGAUUAUGUUAGACAACAAAGUGAAAGAUCGCAAUGUCCGCCUUGUGGUACCUAAAUGGAGAACUUGAAGAAAAAUAUGAUCAUAUCGUCUAUCAUAAUAAUUAAUAAUUGUGAUAUUAUGAGGAGGAAGGCGGGGACUUGUAUUUUUUCGCUUCAACACCCGAAUAUAUGAUUGUGUAGAUGAAAAUGAACCUGAAAGUAGGUUGAAACAUCUGAAAAUAUUUUGUUCGAUUCGAAUGAAUAGUUCUCUUUGCGUAUACAUGAAAAUUAUUUAUUUUAGUGUAAAUAUCCUGAUUGUCGUUAAUACAACUUGAACAAUAUAGAAACACCAAAACAUGUCAAAUGUGCUUUAAAUAAAUAACAUUACAAAUUCUGAAAAAUGCUAAUUGUAGUUGUUUUGAAAUGAUUAUAUCGAUAACAACUAUCAAUAUUGCAAACUUGCAUUUUCAGCAAUGGGAACAAUAAAAUUGAGUAGGUAACGUGAAUACGGGUGUCGUCACACCAAGUAUGGUGAUUUUUCGAAAAUAUAUUUCAGGACCAUGACUUAGAACGUAUGUAUAUAAACUAUUUUAUACAGCGUGUCUCAUUCUAAAUGUCCUCGACUUCAUCGUAGUGACAGUUGUCGCUCGUGUUCCUAUCAUUUUGAAAACCCUCCAAAGGAAUUAUGUAAGAAUUUGCAUUUGGAGAUUCAAAAGUAUGGCGACAACUCAAAAUUCCUUAUCUGAAUUUUGAACUAAUCAAUCCCUUUUCAAUACAGGGUGUUUCACAGGUAAAGGGAAAUAUUUCAAUGGUAGAUAGGGGUCACCAAGGUGGUUCUGAAAAUACCAUAUUUGAUAGGUCUUAGAGUUUUCAUAACGGAGAUACAGGGCGAUUUAUCGAUUUCGAAUAAUUAUUCAUUCGUCUAUAAGUAUUGAACUACCCAGUAUAUUUUUCUAAAAUUUGGUAUGGAGCUUAAACUUGGGACGUUGAAUGCAUUCACCAAUCGGGCGAAGUGAAAAUCCAGGUUCGGCUUCAGGAAAAAUUUACAUUUGUUCGAAAUAUUAAAAUAGCACACUGUAUGUAAUAAUUGACAAAGUUCAUCAAACGAAUCGUGAAGAGGAGGAAAAACUGAACUGGAUUUGAUGCUUUUUGUUUUCCCGCCACCAAUUCUCAUCGUAACAAUCAUAAACAGGAAGCUAAAAGUAUGUCAAUUUCAAGAGUAUUGAAAUUAUAAAACCACUUUCAAUUAUGUUUAUUUGAUAUAUUCUUGUUAAAUGAUCGUUCGAAAGAACUUACUUAGUCUCACAGUCUUUAUAAUAGAGAUACAGGGUGAAUUAACACUCUUCCAUAAGUAUUAUUAAACUACCCAUCGCAGUAAUAUUUUUUCUCAAAUUUGGUAUUGAGCUUACUUGGGACUAUGGAUUCAUUGACCUAUCAGGCAGAAUGGAAAUACAGGUUCAGCUUCAGGAAAAGUCUCAUAGUCUUUAUAACAGAGAUACAGGGUGAAUUAUCGAAUUAUAAUUCCGCGCCUGAUAGGUUAAUGAAUCCAUCGUCUUACAUACCAUAUUUGAGAAAAUGUUACUGAGUAGUUUUAUACUUAUGGACGAGUGGAUAAUUAUUCAAAACCGAUAAUUCACCCUGUAUCUCUGUUAUAAAAACUGUGAGACUUAGUAAGUUCUUUCGAGCGAUUUUUUGACUAAAAUAUAUCGAAUAAUCAUAAUUGACACUGGUUUCAUAAUUUCAAUACUCUUCAAUUGACAUACUUUCAGCUUUCUGUUUAUGAUUGUUACGAUGAGAAUUGGUGGCGGGAAAACAAAAAGCAUCAAAUCCAGUUCAGUUUUUCCUUCUCUUUACGAUUCCUUUGAUGAACUCUGUCAAUUAUUACAUACAGUGUGUUAUUUUAAUAUUUCGAAUAAAUGUGAAUUUUUCCUGAAGCCGAAACUGGAUUUUCUCUUCGCCCGAUAGGUGAAUGAAUUCAUCGUCCCAAGUUUAAGCUCCAUACCAAAUUUUGGAAAAAUAUACUGGGUAGUUCAAUACUUAUAGACGAAUGAAUAAUUAUUCGAAAUCGAUAAAUCGCCCUGUAUCUCCGUUAUGAAAACUCUAAGACCUAUCAAAUAUAGUAUUUUCAGAACCACCUUGUUGACCCCUAUCUACCAUUGAAAUAUUUCCCUUUACCUGUGAAACACCCUGUAUAAAGCACGGCACUGUCAAAAAUGAUACCCGUUUCUGAACAUAGUAUCAUAUUGAAGAUUCCUGAUACUAAUUAAAAUUUAUUCGGAAUCACAUGGCCUAAAAUAACUAACAAAGAGGGAUCGAGAUGGAUGAAGAGAAAUGAGGACAUUUAAAAUUGAACAGUCUGUAUAUGCAGAUAUUUUAAUAUUCCAUGUAAAUGAUCGAAUAGAGGAACGAAUGUCUAUCAGCAUGUAUUUGUACAUAUUUGAUAUUUCCAUCUGGACAAGCAACAAAUAAUUGUUAUUUUUCUGCAACCGACAGAAAAGUCGUCCAUUUUAAUACAAAAGAAAAUUUACUUGACGUUUAUAAACUAAAAUGUUUGAAUAUUUGGAUGAGCUCUCGAAUUGACGUUUCUAUUACUGACACAAACAUAUAGAUAUGUUGCUAGGCAACACUUCCAGUUCCUAGGAGCUAAAACUGAACUUUAGGACCUGAAAAGGAUGUACUAGGUCAUCAAGAAUAAACAACAUUUUAACCUAACAUUUUCCACUUCUUAUUUAAUUAUUUAGCACUGGCGCGGUAUUUGCUAUUAUGUUCAAAAAUGAAUUCAUCGAUUUGAUAGAAUACACAAAUGGGUGGGUCACUCUGUGGUUAUAUUCAUAUUGCAACUACAAAUCGAACAUCCUUGAAAAUUUAAUAAACCUGAUCUGUGAAUGCAAAAAUUGUAACUAAGUAAAGUAGUCUGAGGUCUUGCUUCUAUCUACUUACUUAUAUUAUGAUAAUCUGUUAAUGAGUGAGUCCCAUUGGUUAUUACUUCACAUAUUUAUCUUAGUUAAUUCUCUCGGUUGCAGAAAAAAUAGCAUGUUUCAUUCGGAUCAAAAGUGACUUUGUUUGACUGGCAAAUUUUGCUUUCGCUUGUCAAACAAAGUGUCAUUUUUGAUCCUAAUAAAACAAUCUACUAUUAUGUGUCAAGGGCGUAAAAUAAGCUUUCAUGGACCGUAGCGUGCAUUUAAAAUCCCGAGCGCCAAUAAAAGCAAGUUACGUCCGAAAUACAUACAAUACAGUGUGUCCCACUUAGCAUGCUCACCAUGGGUAUCUUUUUAACGGUGAGAGAUACGAGGUCGGUUAAAUGACACCAAAUGUGGAGUUUGUCAAGGCCAACUAUAAUGUGAAAAAAUAUUUUGAUAAAAUCUAUUCGUUUUUGUUUUAUACGGAAAAAACAGAUUUUGAUCAUUUUCAUGUCUUCCCCGUAACUUCUUUAUUUAUGAAAAUAUUCAAAUAGGAAUUUCACAUUCUCAUGGCAGUUUUUCAAAGUGAUUUCGAAAAAAAUAUGGAAUUUAUACCAACUCUUCUAGAAUUUGAGAUAUCAGCACCAACUUUAGUUUUUCAAAAGUAGGACAUAGCUCACUAUGACUUAGUUACAAAUAACUUUUUUUUUCUCUCACCGAUGAUAUGUCGCAGUGAUAGUUUUGUGUUGAUAACAACGGAGUUAUCGUCAUUUAUACAAAAACAAAAAACUAUUUGGGAGCCGCCAUCUUGAAUUUAUGAAUUUCAACGAAAAAAUCAUGAUCUCCGACCUCAAAAACCCCCACUUACCAAUUUUGAACCGAAUCGGACCAAAUCUUGUCCGCCAUCUUGGAGCAGCCAUUUUUUUUAAUUUCAACAAAAAUUCCAUAACUCCGAUUACCUUGAAAUUUGGCAAGUGUUCAUAAUUUCGGUGACAAUACAUUAUGGAAUUUUUGUUGAAAUUAAAAAGAUGGCUGCUCCAAGAUGUCGGACAAUAUUUGGUCAGAUUCUAUUCAAAAUUGGUGAGUAGAGGUUUUGGGGUCGGAGAUCAUGAUUUUUCUGUUAAAAUUCAUAAAUUCAAGAUGGCGGCUUCCAAAUAAUUUUUUGUUUUUGUAUAAAUGACAAUAACUCCGUUGUUAUCAACACAAAACUAUUACUGCGACAUAUCAUCUGUGAGAGAAAAAAAAGUUAUUUGUAACUAAGUCAUAUUGAGCUAUGACCUACAUUUGAAAAACUAAAGUUGGUGCUGAUAUCUCAAAUUCUAGAAGAGUUGGUAUGAAU